UCAUCCAACUUCUUUAUCUUCCCAUCAAUUCCUUCGCCUUUGGGUCUCUCGCUGUCAAUCCUCCCCAUCGCUUUCAACGCCAAUCCUAUCUUCCCUUCGAUUAUUGGUACGUGGUUUUCGACUUGAAUAUUACGCUGUGAACGGUGCUGGAGCAACCAGUCUGGGGACUAGUCCAUGCCACGGAGGGGUUCUUGGGCGCAAUCUUGGAUCUGCUUCGCACCACAAAGCUGUCGCUCUUUUACUAGACCAGGGGAACUGACUGGAUUCAUAGAACUAAACGAUUCGAAAUGGCCUUCAUGAAGUACGUUCUUCCCGCCUUGGCUGCGGGCCAGGUCGCUAUGGCUGCCUCUUGCGGUUCCGGUGACACCAUCAAGAUCUCCAGCCAGGGCGAUGCCGACGGCUACUCCAGCUGCAAGACCCUCAAGGGUGACGUUGAGAUCCAGAAGGAAAUCACUGGCAGCUUGAGCCUGAACGGUAUUGAGCAGAUUACCGGUGGUCUCUCCUGCGACGGUGCCACCAACAUGUCCUCGUUGAGCGCCUCCAGCUUGACCAGCAUUGGCGACACCUUCAAGCUGAACAGCUUGACCACCCUUACCCAGCUGUCCUUCGGCUCUCUCACCAAGGUCGGCUCCAUCCAGUGGACUGCUCUGCCCGAGCUGCAGACCCUCGACUUCUCCAAGGGUGUCGAGGAAGCCGGUAACGUCGCGAUCACCAACACCGGUCUGACCGACUUGGACGGUAUCUCCCUCAAGACCGUCGGCCAGUUCGACAUCACCGAGAACACCAACCUCAAGAAGGUCAACGUCAACGACCUCACCAACGCCACCGGUCUCAUCAACUUCGCUGGUAACAUGCUCUCCUUGGAGAUCGACCUCCCCAACCUUUCCAGCGGUACCAACAUGACCUUCCGCAACGUCAGCAGCGUUUCCGUGCCUUCUCUCCACAACCUUACUGGUCAGCUUGGCUUCUGGGGUGACACCUUCAAGUCUUUCAUCGCCCCCAACCUUACCGAGACUGGUGACUUGAUCUUCAACGACAACAGCAAGCUCGCCAACCUCACCCUGUCUCAGCUCAAGACCGUCAACGGUGGUUUCCAGAUCGCCCGCAACGACAAGCUCGCCAACAUCACCUUCCCCAAGCUCGAGGUCAUCACUGGUGCUCUUGACUUCACUGGCGCAUUUGACGAUGUGUCUUUGCCCGCUCUCAAGAACGUCAAGGGUGGCUUCAACAUGAAGAGCACCGGCAACUUCGAGUGCAAGACCUUCAAGACCCUCCAGGACGACAACGUUAUUCACGGCAAGUACGCAUGCAAGGCUGAGGACCCCAACCCCACCACCAAAGAUGGAUCCAGCGGCUCCAGCACCACUACUUCCGGCAGCGCCUCCAAGUCCUCUGACGAGGGCGCCGGUGUUGCCAUCGGUGUCAAUGUCCCCGUUCUGGGAGCUGCCGCUAUCUUCGGCUACCUCAUCCAGUACGCUUUGUAAAGGACGAACGUUAGCUGAGAAUUGUUUUUCAACCCCUUUUGAUUUAAGGGUUUUGUAGAGUCGCCUAAUAAGCAAUGGUUGUUUUUAUUCACUAUACUCUGCUGUUCUUAUGAUAAUAAUUUGAGUCUUUUGAGGAAAAUUCGCAAUUUGGAUUCUGUCCUCGGAAGACAAAUACCGCAAUCCAUCGGAAAGGAGUUUUUUUUCCAUUAU